UGUUUGCUGCCAAAGUCCGUAGUUGAAAAGUCCUAACAGCAGUGCGCUGUAUAUUUCACGAUUGUCCACUAGGGUUUUGGCUCUCGCUCGAAUCUCUGAGCCAAACGACGCGAGCGGUUACACAUCAGCUUCUUGCAAAGUUCGCGAACUCUUGACGAUGGCCGACUGGGUUAUGAAGCUUGAUGGCCUUCCUGGCUUGACGGUAGCACAAAAGGGCGCGGCACGCAUGCUUCUGGCGACGAAGUCUAUGGAACAGGCCUCGGUGCAUGUCUCUGGAGAUGCAAAUGUGGCUGCUGCGUCCAUCAAGGCGUUGCUUGCCACAGCGGGGAGCGCGAUAGCGGCAGCUGAGGAAGAUGACGUCAUCGCAAAGCUGGCGGCCGAGACGCGACGGUUCACCGGGCACGUGCUGCACACUGUGAAGGAUCCCGUGACCCAAAUGGACGCUAUCGACCCCAAGACUGGCCAGGCAGUGCUGGUGCCCACCUGCGCCACGGUCAUCACGCCCAAAUGCCUCGCCACGUUCGCGCACGACCGCAAAUGGAAAGGCGGCGACGAAGUUGAGGUGAAGCUGCACCCCGCCGCGGACACUACCAGCAUGCGCGCUGUCAAGACCAAGGUGGCGAUCAUCAACACCAACGCUGACUUCAUCAUCCUGGAGGCCGACACGGAGUUGCAAGCGCCUGACAUGGACGCGGGCAUCAAGGCGGGCACGAAGUUCUACGGGCACGGCAUGUCCAGCCCGGGGCACGCCGCCAACGUGUACCGCGGCGUCAUUACAUCAGCGAACGUGGAAAAGUACGGGCUCGUCUUCGGAGACAUAGCAAGUGGAAAAGGCGAUUCGGGUGGUGGCGUCUUCUCGGCGACUACCGGGGAGCUCAUGGGGCUCAUGGUGGGCCGAAACCGGGGCCUGCAGAAGUCCUGCAUCAUUCCAGCCGCUUCUCUGGUGACGAUAGCGGUGGCCCUGUCCAAGGAGGGGCCAAUGGACCCGGACCCGCCGCCAUCCGACCUGCCGUUCUAAUAGACAGCGUGUCUGCAGACGAACCACGUACCAUUGCCAACGUCAUCCGUACCGGCUGCUUUGAUGGUCCAUGACCACCAGCAGACGGCUUCAGAGAUGACUGCGUAGGGCUGUCGCUGCUGCUUCUGCUGCGCGCACGCGUGGCCGGAAGCCAGAUCGAUGUGCAUGGCGAUGGGGGAGCGGCCUGCGUGGAAGCCUGCUUGCAGAGGUGGUGGCGGCAACGGCUGCUGCGGCGGCGCUGCAUGUGCGCGCGGCGCCCGCGUGUGCCACAGCUGCUGUCGAGUGGGCGCCCUCGCUGCCGGCGCCGCGCGCCACGGCGUCGUUGAACGACGUGACGCCGCCGGCGCCCUGCUUCUUCCUACAGCCGCCGGAUGGUGUUGGUGAUGCCGGCGGAAAUAGCAGUGGAGACAGUGGCCGCCGCAGCGGAGGCGAGGCUGCUGGCGGCAGCGGCGGCAGCGGGGCCGGCGGCGACGGCGAUGGAGGUGUGCUGUCUUGGCGGUGCCGUCGCCACACGUUUCUUGAGGAUUGCUGAUCCCGCCAUUCGGCUUGCAAAGCAAGUUGAUAAGUAUCAGAGCGCCUUGUUCACACUAGGCAUGGUUGUGGCGGUAGGCGCGCGUGGAAGGGCCACCGUGCAUCGCGGGAUUGCGUUGUGCACGUAGCACAUGACAUUUACAGCAGCGGUAAGUACGGUUGGCAUGCCGUACCCGGUAGCACAGGAGCUCAAUAAGCAUGCAAGCAUUGAUUAGUUUGACAGCACGCAGGCUACAUGCAUUGCUAGGAUGGCGGAGGCCCUUUUGAGCCGCAUGGAACACAACCCCACAAUGCAGUAGCAUAAACACGGCAAAUCGGAGGAUUGCUCACUUGAACGCAAAUGGCAGGAUAUGCAUGGUAUUGAUGAUGGCGGCGGAAUCCAUUACUCGGCAUAGAUGAGAGCCUGGUUGCGGUGAGUACCGUGCGUAUCGUAGCUGAGUAGCACCAAUAAGGGAACGCGUGCCUUGCAAACGGAUUGGACUUGCCGAAACAUGCAGCAUGGAUGUUGGAGAGAGAGUGACUGGAUGGGCUGUCAUAUGCCGUUGUGCACAUUGACCCUGCAAAGCAACCUGUUACAGCACAGCGCAUGCGCAGUAACUCAGUUGUAACAGUGAUACUAC